CCCGCCCUGCCCCCGACCGGUCGCCAUCUCGCCUGGGGUUGUCCAACGCCUUUCGCGGUAUGCAGGCGGUGAUCUGCCCGGGGUCUAUAAAGACAGGGCCCUGUUCCGCCGGUCCACGUCGGGGAGGGGCUGAUCGAUGAGAGACGCGUUCGGCCACAAUCGAGGAUUGCGAGAGCAUUCGCGGUAGCAUCAUCAGCUCCAGCUCGAGCCCCAGCCAGCAGCAAAGCCGCCAGGCAAGCACGUCGCCUCCAUGUCGAAGCAGGAACAGCAGUCCGAGGCAGAUUCACUGCCCGUGCCGCCCGAAGCCGACACCGUCAUCAUUCAUCCCGACCAGGCUGCCGAGCGUGGCCAGUACGCCACUGACAAGUAGGUCACCUCGGAGCGCAACCUGGCGGCUCCGGUGAUCAAGUCCGCUGACGCCGUAUCGCAGAUAUGGCCAGUCUCUCAUCCAGAUUGACGCCGUCGCCGAGCGUAAGCUGCGACUGAAGUGCGACCUCUACAUCGUCCCGACUGUUGCGUUGCUCUACCUCUUCUGCUUCAUCGACCGUGCUAACCUCGGUGAGAACCUAUUACUCCAUUCACGCUGUGGCUGUGUGUGGCAUGAGAGCUCAACUGACAGCAAUCUCACUGGCAGGCAACGCCAAGAUUGCCGGCAUGGAGAAGGACCUCCACUUCAAGGGCUAUGAUUACAACGCCUCAGUUUCCGUCUUCUACAUCUCGUACAUCCUCUGCGAGAUCCCGGCCAAUGUUCUUUGCAAGUGGAUGGGCCCUGGGUGGUUUCUCCCACUAAGCUCCCUCUUCUUCGGCAUCACAUCCCUAGGAACGGCCUUUGUCACGACUACGCCACAGCUCAUGGCUGUGCGCUUCCUCCUCGGCAUUUUCGAGGCGGGCAUGAUGCCAGGUAUCGCCUACUAUCUGUCGCGUUGGUAUCGAAGGGCCGAGCUCGUGUUUCGAUUAUCAUUGUACAUUGUUAUGGCUCCAUUGGCCGGUGCCUUUGGUGGCCUACUUGCGUCGGCAAUCCUGACGCUGUCCCACUUCGGCAACCUGCAUCAUUGGCGCAUGAUUUUCGCCAUCGAGGGCAUCAUCACCAUUGGUGUGUCUUUGAUCGCUUUCGGGACCUUGACCGACCGACCAGAGACCGCCCGAUGGCUAUCCGAAAGCGAAAAGAAACUGGCCAUUGUCCGCAUCAAGUCGGAGCGCGUGGCCACCACCACACUUUUGGACAAGAUAGACAAGCCUAAGCUGCUCCAAGGCAUCAAGAACCCGAUUACAAUCUCCACUGCUUUCAUCUUCCUCCUCAACAACGUCACUGUUCAAGGCCUGGCUUUUUUUGCCCCGACCAUUGUCAAGUCCAUUUACAGCUCCAAAACACCAGUCCAACAACAGCUCUUUACUGUGCCUCCAUACGUUUUUGGGGCGUUCUUUACCGUCGCCUUCCCAGUCGUCAGCUGGCGUCUGGACAAGCGACAGCUGCUGGUAGCGCUGACCGCGCCCAUGUGCAUGAUAGGAUACAUCAUGUACCUGGCUAGCACCAACGCAUCUGUUCGCUACGCGGCGACGUUCCUCAUUGCCUCGUCUCUCUUUGCCGUUGGUCCACUUGUCAAUGCGCAAGUUUCUGCCAAUGUGGUGAGCGAUACUGCCCGCAGCGCGGCCAUCGGCAUGAACGUCAUGUUCGGCAACAUAGGGGGUUUGAUUUCGAGUUGGUCAUUCCUACCUUUUGACGGUCCGAAUUAUCACAUCGGGAAUGGCUUGAACUUGGCAACGACCACCCUGGUUCUUAUUACUGCCUUAUCACUACUUUUUUGGAUGAGGCACGACAACAAGAGGCGCGCUACCCUUGACGUUGAUGCUGUGCUAGAGGGGCUGACACCCCAAGAGAUUGAGGAUUUGGACUGGAAGCAUCCUGGGUUCAAAUGGCGGGAGUGACCUCAUACAAGACUCAUUGAUAUCAUGGACGUAUAUUGUACCUAGUCUGAUCUGACCUCUUUGGUAUCAACAAACAUUUACGCUUUCG